AUGCCCUGCUGCAGUGUGUGUGUGAGCGUGUGUGUCUGAGCGUGUGUGUAUAUAGCAGCAGCAGCGGGAGAGCGGCCGCAGCGCGAGGACGAGUUGCGACAAGGUCGCCACAGCAUCACACGAUAACCAGCCUUCAACAUCAGCGAAGAGCAUUCAUACAGACACCGCCCGCUUCGCCGCAGAGCUGUGAGGGACGCAGACUCGCUCAGUGUCUCUUCAGCUUUGUUUUCUUCCCUUUUCGCGGAUUCAGAAAGCUCAUCCGGACCUGGAAGCCGAUGACUCUCGCGCCAAGAAAGCGCGAGCUUCCGAACGUCAGGCUUCUCCAUUUCGGUCCUCGCGCGUGAAGUCGUUCGGUUACGGUUAAGGUUUGAAAGGAGCGACGGUUGGCGGCUCUGCCUGAAUUAUUGAGGUAAAACUAACGUUAGACGGCUGUUAUUUCGUGAGGGAGGGAAAGCGGCGGCUAGCUAAGCGCUUGUGAGACAAUAACUAACGUUAGCGCAUCACCACCAACUAACGUUAACUAGUUUCCAUCGUCGCCCUCACACGCGAGUUUCACCGGACGUGAACAUUAACUGGAAGUGGUUAUCGCCUGUCUGUUCCACGAGCCUCGCUUCGCCAUGUCAGCGCCACCGAGCCCCACUUCUUUUUGUCCCGGAGAAGCCGCCCCGCCAGAAACGGACACCCUCGCGGUGGACGGCGGUUUGAAACCCGCGGGUCCCACGCCUAGCCAGAGCCGCUUUCAGGUGGAUCUCGUGGCUGAGGCGGCCGGGAGUGAGAAAACGACCGCUACUGACUGCUCAUCGACAGCCACCGGAGAUGGCGCAGAGAAGGCAGCCGAGGAGGCGAAGGGCAGGUUCCGGGUAGUGAACUUCGCGGACCCGCGCAGCGCGGCCUCCAGCCCGGAUGCGGCGCCGGUCGAUGGCGUGCAGAACGGGGACACCGUGAUGAGUGAGGGCAGCCUGCACUCCUCCACCGGAGGCCAGCAGCACUAUCACUACGACACGCACACCAAUACGUACUACCUGAGGACUUUUGGCCACAAUACUAUCGAUGCCGUGCCUAACAUCGACUUCUACCGGCAGACCGCAGCGCCCCUGGGGGAGAAGCUCAUCAGACCCACCCUGUCAGAACUGCACGACGAGUUAGAUAAGGAGCCGUUUGAGGAUGGAUUUGCCAAUGGUGAGGAACUGACCCCUGCUGAGGAGGCUGCAGCCAAAGAAGCAGCAGAGUCGAAAGGAGUCGUAAAGUUUGGAUGGGUCAAAGGAGUGUUGGUCCGCUGCAUGUUGAACAUUUGGGGUGUGAUGCUCUUCAUCCGCAUGACAUGGAUCGUUGGCCAGGCUGGAGUUGUGUAUUCCUGCGUUAUCGUUGCCAUGGCAACUGUUGUGACCACAAUCACUGGCUGCUCAACCUCUGCGAUAGCCACCAACGGUUUUGUACGAGGAGGUGGGGCAUAUUAUUUAAUAUCUCGAAGUUUAGGCCCAGAAUUCGGUGGUUCUAUUGGUCUUAUCUUCGCCUUUGCCAACGCGGUGGCAGUGGCCAUGUACGUUGUUGGCUUUGCUGAGACAGUCGUUGAACUUCUUGGAACUGCAAAUCUUGUCAUGUUGGAUCCUAUCAACGAUGUCAGAAUCAUUGGAACAAUCACUGUUCUUAUCCUCCUUGGAAUCUCAGUGGCAGGCAUGGAGUGGGAGGCAAAGGCUCAGAUCUUCCUCUUGGUUAUCUUGAUCAGUGCCAUCUUCAACUACUUCAUUGGCACAUUCAUCCCAUUCGAGUCAAAAGAAAAAUAUGGGUUCUUUGGCUAUGAUGGUGGCAUCAUGUGGGAAAAUUUAGGUCCAGACUUCCGAGGAGAGACAUUUUUCUCCAUGUUCUCGAUCUUCUUCCCUGCAGCCACUGGCAUUCUCGCUGGUGCCAACAUCUCAGGCGAUCUUGCAGAUCCUCAAAUGGCAAUCCCAAGGGGAACACUUCUGGCUAUUCUUAUCACAGGCCUAGUCUACAUGGGUGUUGCUGUCUCUGCAGGUGCCUGUAUUGUGAGAGAUGCCACUGGUGUUGAGCACAAUGGCACUCUGAGUGCAGACCUCACAAACUGCACCGGUGCUGCCUGUAGAUUUGGUUACGACUUCUCCUCCUGCAGGCCAGUUAAUGAAGAAAAGAGCUCUUGCUUAUAUGGGCUCCACAACAAUUUUCAAAUUAUGAGUGUGGUGUCAGGUUUCAGUCCCCUCAUCACCGCAGGAAUUUUCUCCGCAACACUCUCUUCAGCCCUGGCCUCAUUGGUCAGCGCCCCUAAAGUGUUCCAGGCUUUAUGUAAAGACAACAUUUAUCCUGGCAUUGCCAGUUUUGGUAGAGGCUACGGCAAGAACAAUGAACCCCUGCGUGGCUACUUACUCACUUUUGGCAUUGCCCUGGCCUUUAUCCUUAUUGCGGAAUUGAACACCAUUGCUCCAAUCAUUUCCAACUUCUUCUUGGCCUCUUAUGCCCUGAUAAAUUUUUCUGUGUUUCAUGCCUCUUUGGCCAACUCUCCUGGAUGGAGACCCAGCUUCAAGUACUACAACAUGUGGGUGUCCCUUGCUGGAGCAGUGCUCUGUUGUGUGGUCAUGUUCGUUAUCAACUGGUGGGCAGCCCUGUUUACCAACGUCAUCGUCUUGUCUCUCUACAUUUAUGUCAGCUACAAGAAACCUGAUGUGAACUGGGGUUCGUCCACCCAGGCGCUGACCUACCAGCAGGCCCUGACACACAGCCUGCAGCUCUGUGGAGUCGCAGACCAUGUGAAAACUUUCAGGCCGCAGUGUUUGGUGAUGACGGGGGCACCUAACUCUCGCCCGGCUCUCCUCAAUCUUGUCCAUGCCUUUACUAAGAAUGUUGGCCUGAUGGUCUGUGGCCAUGUGCGCAUUAGCUCUCGUAGGCCAAACUUUAAGGAGCUAAACAGUGAUUUGGUACGCUACCAGCGCUGGCUUCUCAACAACAACUCCAAAGCUUUUUACACACCUGUGGUCGCCGAGGACCUCCGCCAGGGCACCCAGUACCUUCUGCAGGCUUCUGGCCUUGGAAGACUGAAGCCAAACACACUAGUUCUUGGCUUCAAAAAUGACUGGAGCAACGGUGAUAUGAAGGAUACAGAAAUCUACAUGAAUAUGAUACAUGAUGCCUUUGACUUCCAGUAUGGCGUUGUCAUUCUCAGACUGCGAGAAGGGCUUGAUAUUUCCCACAUUCAAGGCCAAGAUGAUACUUCAGCCAUGAAGGAUGUUGUGGUGUCUAUUGACAUGAGCAAAGACUCGGACGGUGACUCAUCCAAGCUUUCAUCCAAAGCAACAAGUGUUCAGAACAGUCCAGCUGUCCAAAAAGAUGAUGAGGAUGACGGCAAAGCACCUACACAACCCCUGUUGAAAAAAGAUAAAAGCAGUCCAACUAUGCCACUGAAUGUAGCCGAUCAGAAGCUGUUGGAGGCCAGUCAGCAAUUUCAGAAGAAGCAAGGCAAAGGCACAGUGGAUGUCUGGUGGUUGUUUGAUGAUGGCGGCCUGACUCUGCUCAUCCCAUAUUUAAUCGCCAGCAAGAAAAAGUGGAAAGACUGCAAGAUCCGAGUCUUCAUCGGGGGCAAGAUCAACAGGAUUGACCAUGACCGCAGAGCAAUGGCCACGUUGCUCAGCAAGUUCAGGAUAGAUUUCUCUGACAUCACCGUCCUGGGAGACAUCAACACAAAACCCAAGUCUGAGAGUUUGGCAGCAUUUGCCAAGAUGAUUGAGCCCUAUAAGCUGCGAGAGGACGACAUGGAUCAGGAGGCAGCAGAAAAGCUGAAGUCUGACGAGCCCUGGAGGAUCACUGACAAUGAGCUUGAGCUCUAUAAGGCCAAGAGUAAUCGUCAAAUCAGACUGAACGAACUGCUGAAGGAGCACUCGAGCACAGCAAACCUUAUUGUCAUGAGCAUGCCACUGGCAAGAAAGGGUGCGGUGUCCAGCGCCCUGUACAUGUCCUGGUUGGACACGCUUUCCAAGGACCUACCACCUAUUCUGUUGGUUCGUGGUAACCACCAGAGCGUCCUCACGUUCUACUCUUAAGCAAAUUGAUGAUCACCGACCCCCCGUGAAGCACACUUUGCCGAUAUACCGACACUAAACACAAAUGUGCACACACAAACACAUGAAGGUAGAUCACCUGUGACUGUAAGGAUAGUAAUGAUGGUGAUGGUCAAGAGGAAGAUGGAGAGACUAGGAGCACCUUGUCCUGAGAAGCUUCUGGUUUCUGUAGCUCAGUUACCCCUGUCGCUAGGUUCAGAUGUGAGUGUACAGGGUUUCCAGAACGUUCUGGACAAUAGAGGACAAGACAAGAACAUGCUCAAUAAUUUAUUGGUCACUGUUUUCUUUGGAUCACAGGCAUCUGAGCAUAAAGUACACAUUGUUCUGGUUACAAUUAUCUUUAUUAUAAUUGUCACAAUUAAAAUGUGGAUCUUUUUUUUCCUUCCUUUUUUUUUUUUUUGCUCUUCAAAGCAGCAAUAAUCACCCUGUUUUCCUUUUUCCUCACUUGGGAGAAAACAAUGCAGAAUGCUUUGCAACACCUAUUAUAGCCUUAUAGAUGUGCCUUCCAGUUCAAUCAAAUUAAAUGAAACUUUGCCAUGAUUAAUGCUCAAAUAUCUAUAGAUGUAUUUUUAAAUUGGGUUUUAAAUGUGCUGAAGAUAUUAAGGAUUUUUAUGCGAGUGGACUGGUGGUGUUUGCGAAGGUUUCCACUUCUUGGCAUAAAAAACUUUUUUUUUUUUUUUUUUUUCUUCCCCCUUUUCCAAUGAGGUUUAAUUUUCUUCAAGUCAUCUUUUGACCUUUUUGUUACUUUUUUCUUUUUGGAUUUCAGUCUUCCUUUAAACUGUGAAGGGUUUUAGUGUUCCUAGUACAGUACCCUCCACUAAUCUUAGAUGUUCUGGUCAUCAAAGUUAGAGGGUGUAUUCAGUUGUACAGAGUUGAAGGUCUGUUGAACCCAAUGCUGUAUAACUUUGGUCACUUGAGUGCAGAUAAGCAGCCUAUGGCUUUAAGAUGUGCUGCCAGGUUCUUGUCUAAAAGAAGGUGUCUCAGAAGAGUGGCACGUCAAAGCUGCUAUGAAACAACGGCUACACAAAGAACAAUCAACCAAAUAUGAUGUAACCUCUUGAAUUUACGUUAUUCCACAAACCUGCAGGUCUUGCUACAGAGGAUGACUUUGCCUUAAAAGCAGAAGAAAUGAUUGUUGACUUUUAACUUCUAUCUUUAUAAGCCAUACUGGCUGGUUGGUUGAUUAGCGGAUAAGCGCAGACAUAAAAAUAGAAUGUAAUGUCAGUUGUAGUGUAUUUUAUAGCAAGUUAAUUGUUUUUGUCAUUUCAAAACGCUCCUCUAUUAUAGUACUAGAUUGCCUUUUUUUUGGAAACAGUCCAAUUGUAGCUGCAAAGAAAACCAUGUCAUCAGCGUCGUCAAGACCACAAUCAACUUUUCCGUCUUUGUUAGAGUGUUGGACUGUUACAGAGUAGCUUAUUAUUUUCCUCCAUGUUUGCAUGUUAAAUUUUAGGGGCUUCCCUGUCUCGUGCAGUGUAACCCUAAAGGCCUGUUCAGGUAUUGCAGCUGUAGUUAAAGGCCAUGGCACAGAUUACAGGAUGUCUGGAAGUGUUGAUUUAAAGCCAGUACUGAGAAUGUUUUUCCACGUGUCAGUGGUCCUGUUGAAUGAGAUGCAUUAUAUACCUCUAUGCAGGUGAACUGAGAUGAGUGCUCCUCAUUUCCCACUCGUUUAAUUGAUGGAAAUAAAAGAAAGUCACUCAUCCAAAACUCAGGAUUGGAUCUCCCCCGCCUGCAGUGCUUGUUUCCCAGUCCUAGCUGAAUAUUGCCGACGAUUGCCGUUUAGAGGUCUGGUCAACAGCAGGGUUUUUACGAGGUUGAGCUGCAUGAUAUUGACAAGCUUAAUGUGAGAUGGUUCCAUUUCUUGUGUCGUAAUUGAAAUGAACAAAUUGACUUAAAAUUGCCUUAUGGAUGAAAUUCUAUGAUGAACUGGUUUAGCAACGCACACAAUUUUGCCUCCUUUCCACGCUCGCUGUACUGUCCACCAUAAUGUGACAUUGCUUUAAUGAAAGGUUGUUUGAAUGUAACACUAACUGAACACCAAAACGAGGCUGAGCUCCUUUUGGCGUCCAUCACAUUUUAGAAGAUUUUUUUCUUUUUUUCAUCUACAGCUGCCUGAAUGCAAGCUAAAUACUGUGAUGUGUUGUCAGACUCUGUAGUAAUCAGUACCCACAUGACUGCAUCUCGACAAUACAAGUUCAUCACCCGUCACCAUGUGAGAAAUAUGCCAUGAAUAUAUUAAUAUUUAUCUCUCUCUCUCUCUCUCUCUCUCUCUCUCUCUCUCUCUCUCUCUCUCUCUCUCUCUCUCUCUCUCUCUCUCUCUCUCUCUCAAAAUAUAUAUACUCUAGUGUGUAAAAGGACUUUGUACUUAAUGUGUGACACUUGUAGUUUGACUUUGUUUUUAAGACGGUGGGCAUUGUGAAGCUCUUUUGACUUCAGCUGGUACAGUCUUACUCAUUUUAAGAUCUGUUGUGUGUUGAGUGAGUGAGUGACUGUAUAGAACUUGAAUUCCCUUGACACGUACAAAAUAAUCAAGAAAUUAACCAUUACCUGUUAUCUUAAUUUAUUAAGAUAUUAUAUAUAUAUAUAUAGUUGCAAUUGGGAGAAAUAUUUAGAUGUCGAGUAACAAAUUUGCUAUAAAUAUGUGUAACAACCACAAUGUGUGUUUGUAAGUGUGCAUUAUUCAUAGAUGUAUAGCUACACGUAGCUGCGGCAUCAGAGGCUGCUGCACCAUGGGUUCACAAGGUACGUCUAACGUGCCUCUAAAAGCUGUUGUGUUCUGUGUAAGACCAAACAGAUCAACGUUGUAUGUGCUUUCCUUUUUUUCUUUUGUUUUUUUUUUUUCUUUCCUUUCUUCCUGCCCAAGUGUAGCCAAAAAGUCCAGUUCCUCUUACUCUGAGCUGGGAGUGAUGAUGAUGAUGAUGAUGAUGAUGAUGAUGAUGAUGAUGAUGAUGAUGAUGAAAACCAAAAGUCAACCUCGUUGCUCCCAACUCUAGUUCACACUAUUUCUUUACUAAUCUGUAAAUAUCUUCUAGUCUAACCAGAUAAAUUAAGGGAGUGGCAUAAUAAUGGCAAAUUAAAUAUGGAGAAAGAAAUAUUUAUUUUAGUCUAGAUUUCUCCAGUUUUCUUUUUUUAAAUUGCAUGUUGAUUUUUGUUUCCCUUUUGAUUACUUUCAGAACUUUGUUUCUCCUUCUCUGUACAUUUCUAUCUUUUUAUAUGCCUUUUAAAGAAAAGCUAUGUUGACAAACGGUUGAGUUUGACAACUGUUCAAGCAUAAGGGUGGAUCGAAUUGAUCUGGCUGGAAGAGGAAUGUUUUGAUAUACUGUAUUGUUAAUUGUCACAAAUAUGCUUUUUUUCUAACAUUUUAACAUUUAAAGUUACCAAUACUUUGUACAUCUUUAUUGCAAUAAACAAAAAUCAAAAAUGA